AUGCACUCAUUGACUCUCCUCUUCCCUGCCUCUCUCGGAGCUCACAAGUUCUCACUUCUAGGGUUCCGUGCGUAUUAUUCCCUAUUUAUCUUUACAACUGCUGGCAAAUUGGAAAUCCGAUUCCAGCUGACAAUUGUGGUGUAUCCAUACAUAUCUACAACUUUCCAAUACUGCUGUAAAAGGAAAAUGGUUGGAUAUCCACCGAUUCAUAUUUCCUCCACUGCUACUGUAUUUCCUUCAUAUUUGAUCAUACCCACUAAGCAACAGUGUUCUUUGAAAUUUUCACCAUGCCUGAAAACCCCAUUAGGACAUAAAAGGAAAGUCUUAUGGGUAAAAGCCACGUCAUCCGCUGAUACGGGUUAUACUCAACAGCAACCCACAUCUUCCAAAUCAAAGAGUCCUCUGUCAGUAUUUUUUGAUGUUCCUCUAAUCAUUUGGAGGCAAACUCUGAGGCCUUUGAGCGAUUUUGGGUUUGGUAGGAGGAGCAUUUGGGAAGGUGGUGUUGGGUUGUUUCUUGUUUCAGGGACAGUCCUCUUGGCACUUAGCUUAGCAUGGUUGAGGGGAUUUCAGUUGCGAUCAAAGUUCCGGAAAUAUUUAGCCGUGUUUGAAUUUGAUCAGGCUAGUGGUAUGUGCACCGGUACGCCUGUUAGGAUUAGAGGUGUAACUGUUGGCAAUGUCAUACGUGUCAAUCCUUCCCUGAAGAGUAUUGAGGCAGUAGUUGAGGUUGAAGAUGAUAAAAGUAUAAUACCUCGAAAUUCAUUGAUUGAGGUGAACCAGUCAGGUCUUCUCAUGGAAACUAUGAUUGAUAUUACACCGCGUCAUCCUAUUCCGACACCUUCAGCCAGCCCUCUUGAUGCAGACUGUGUUAAAGAAGGUUUGAUUGUGUGUGAUAAACAGAAGAUAAAGGGAUACCAAGGGGUUAGUUUAGAUGAAUUAGUUGGAAUAUUUACUCGCAUUGGGCGUGAAAUGGAAGAAAUUGGCGUUGCAAAUACCUAUUCAUUGGCUGAACGAGUUUCCUCUGUUGUCGAAGAAGCACGGCCUUUGCUUAUAAAGAUCAAAGCCAUGGCUGAAGAUAUUCAACCUUUACUGGCAGAAGUUCAUGGUAGUGGUUUGCUGAAGGAAGUUGAAAAUUUAACUAAAAGCCUUACGCAGGCUUCUGAGGAUUUGAGAAGGGUGCAUUCUUCCAUUAUGACUCCUGAGAACACAGAAUUAAUUCAGAAGUCUAUAUAUACCCUCAUUUUCACUUUGAAGAACAUUGAGAGUAUAAGUUCAGAUAUAUUAGGAUUUACUGGUGAUGAAGCUACGAGGCGGAAUUUGAAAUUGCUUAUUAAGUCACUCAGCAGGCUACUAUGA